AUGGUCAGCGAUAGUGAUACUGAAUCAGAGUCUCAACCCUCUGUGUUUGAGUGGCAGGCAGCUGAUUUUGCACAUGUGUCUUCAACUCAACGUGUAGGCUCAAGCCGGGGAACUGCUGAAGAAGCGCGAUUUUCUCCUCGAGAGCUUCAGCUCGCUGUCGACGACUUGCGUGCGAUUGACCUCGCUGCUGCAGAGCAUGACGCUACAUUGCACAUAGUCAUUCAACGCGUUUCCAGCACUAUGCUAUGUUUCUUAGAAGGCAUCAUAGAGUCUUCUAUUUUCAGUGAUGAUGGCGAACAAGAUGUUUAUAUUGCGAUGGGCCAACUUCUCCAAUUUUCCUUCAUGUCCCUACUAUUCGAUUACCGGAAACUGUUUCAUGGAAUUGCUGCUCGUGACACCAGUCACACGAGUGCACCCUCCACUGUCGUCUGCUGGGUAGAUGUUGUCUUGUCGAAGUUGGGCGACGCUGUCAUUUCGCUGAUCGGUAGACAUUGCACUGAUGUCAAGACACUGGAGUGGUCAUUCUCGACGCUAAAGCAGCAGAGGGAAACCGAUUCGCUCUAUGCCGCUGUGCAACUCCCAGACGGAUGGACUGAUGUACCGAACGUGAUCAAUGCGGAGCAUGCCUCACCUGCUGCUAAACGGCUUGCCUUACAGCUAACAUUCGCAGUUUAUGUGGUGGGGCCCCAGCUGGAAGAUGCUGGUACCACGAGUGACCAAGAAAACGAUGUUUUAGGCUCAUAUGCAGAUCUACAAUCGGCAGAACAUGCAGAGACCGAGAAAGUGCGAUAUGCCAUGAUGUUGUCUCUGUUUGCAGCCAUGGAUUCAGUACAACUUGAUGAAGAUCGCACCCCUUUCCGGCCUCAUACUCAAGCCGCUCUAUUGCACUAUAUGACUACUAUCAUGUAUCCCGACAAUUUCUGUGCUUCAGCUCAUGAUCUUGUCUCUCCAUGUGCUGCUCUUAAUGUUGCACAGACUAUCUUGCUCAAGUGGGGACACGUUGUCCCAUGGUGUUGGUUUCUGUGCGAUGAUCCUCGUAUAUUCAACUCAGAGGUCAUUGACUACGUGACUAUCAAUUGGCUCCAUCAUCUGGAUAAUUCCGAUAAAGACACGGACAAAUGUGCAGAAUAUGUUGAACCUUGGCACGAAGAGGUGGCUUCUGUGAUCGCUACAUAUCCAAGGGCUGCAAUCGUUUUCGUGAACCGGAUACUCCAUCACACUGUCUCAGUGCUGUUGACGGUUCCACCCGGCCACCUCACGUUGUCUUCGCUUGAUGCUCUGAGAAAGAGUUGUUGGGCAGCUGCGCAGCUGUUGCGUUCAUCUCAGCUUGGAGACUUGGACGUAUCGUCACUGUAUGCCGCGAUGUGCAGACUAUUUAUGCUGCUGCGUGACGGCGAAGAGGAUCUCGCGGUCAAAGACUGGAUAAUCGAGUGCUUAACGUUUGCAUCCCGAGAUAAUCUGUCUUCAGUGAUGAGCAGUAUCUUGGAUGACACCAAGCUCAGUUUGACUCUCAGGAUGGAGGAGAAGAUCUCAGGUUUGGAGUGGUGA